AUUCCCAGUAUGUAAGGAGAGAAGUACUGUGAGUAGGGCUGAUUGAAUAUACCAAAUAACUUUUAAAACCGCAGUUUUGUGAAAAUGCCUGCUGUUAUUUUAAAGGAGCUCGAUUUUCCUAAAGAUGUGAAAGUAAAACUGAAUAUUACAAUCAGAUGAUUAAGUGCCUCAAGUUUGAAUUUUGUGUAACUGAGCAAGAAAAAGAAAAAGCUGUUGAUGGAAAUGUAAGGUCCAGUAAGAAUGCCAAGUGUGAUGGAGAAAGUAGUUCGCAUGAAUUGGAAAACAAUUACAUAUUGUUGAAUGAAGAAACAGCUAGUGGAAGUUCUAGCAGUGGCAGAGUUGUGAAGGAAGAAGGGAAACAGAAGAAAAAACUAGGUCUUCAGAUACUGACUAGAUCUCAGAACUGUAGAUUGACUGGUCCAAAUACCCAGCCAUGCACACUUCUGGGAUCAAGGAAGACUCCUAGUCAAAAUGUUGAAAAUAGCUUCAUAUCACCCUCAGGUUCAUUACAAUCUAAGAAGGGUGCUGCACAGAAUGGUAGUAAACAGAUGACUAUCUCCUCCAUGUUACAAAAUCAUCAAACAAGAGGAAAAGUGAUGAAGUUCAGGUUGUUGUGGAUGGUGUGCACAAGGAAGAGAAGAAUAUGGAAGAAUCAAAAGUGACACAAGAGGCAGAUGGCAAGGAGGAAAUUGAAGAAACAGACACAGAAAUGCAGGUUGAGAAGAAAGUUAAAUUAGAAAAUGGUGAUCCAGUUCCUGCAAAAAAAAAAAAGAAAACAGUGUCAACUCCUAAUACAACCAAAGGAAUACCAUCCAAAUGCCAGAUCUGUCGACAGAUCCUGGAUGACCCUGAUUUGAGGUUGUACCAUGGACAUCCUGUUGAAGCAGUGGAAGAAUUUGUGGCAUUGACUGAUCCAAAAUUGUCUCUUUUUACUGGUGAUGAGUACACUAUUCAUGAACAUGAUCACCGCCCUCAGAGUAAAGUCACAUAUUUUAGUAUAUAUGACAAGGAAGGACAUCUAUGUCCUUUUGACAAUGGUCUUAUUGAGCGAAAUGUCUUGCUGUAUUUCUCUGGGUACAUGAAGGCAAUAUAUGAAGAGAGUCCUGACCCUGAAGGUGAGGUUAUUAGGCACAAAGUAAAACUAAGGCUGAUAUACAAAAUAAUAGUUGCCAUGCACCAAGCACAAAGGAAAGGUUUUAAAAUUCGGAGGGCUCAGUGGAGCCGAGCUACAACUCCACUUGUGAAGGAAGUUUUUGAGACAUUCUUUCCUGAACAGCUUGACAAGGAUCAAGACAAGGAGAACAAGGUAUACAUAGAGUACCAAUUACCAGAUUGUGGGACUUGUGUGUCGUGCCAAGACAUGGUCAAAUUUGGUGGUACAGGGCGCAGCAAACAGUGUUGUGUUCAACGCAGAUGUCCUAAUGUGGCCAUUCAGGAGGCAGAUGACUCAGAGCCUGAGGAUAAUGAAGACUAUUGUUUAUUGUCAGAGAAUGCAACAUCAGAUGUUACCUUUGCUAAUACUCAUAAAGGUAUUCGCAUUCGUGAGAAGCGUGAUAUCAGAUGGACUGGAAGUCUCGUUAAGGAUGAUGGGAGCUGUAAAUACUACAACACUGUCAUGGUUAAUGAUGAGGAGAUUAAGCCUGGUGAUUGUAUUAUGGUGGAACCCCUUGACCCUACUAGGGCGCUCUUCAUUGCCCGAGUCAUGUACUUGUUUGAAGACGGGACUGGUGCAAAGCGUGGACAUGGCCAUUGGUUCAGCCGAGGAUCUGACACAGUUCUUGGAGAGACAUCAGAUCCAGCUGAGUUAUUUGUGAUUGACCAGUGUGAGGACUUUGAUCUGUCAGCAAUCACAGGAAAGGCAAUAGUCAGCCAGAAAGUCAUUCCAAGCAACUGGGCAGAGCUCGGAGGAGUAGAGUUGCAACAUGAACAUGCUGUUGAAGACGAUGGCAAAACAUUCUUUACUCAGAAACAAUAUGACUGGAUACAUGCCCGGUUUGAGGACUUGGCUGCUGACCCGCCUUGUCUCGAAGAGCUCAGAUACAGGUUCUGUGCAUCAUGUGAGAGGUCAUGUCUUCAGCAGCAAUAUCGGAGGCCAAAGAUUUAUGAAAAGUUGGGAGUUACAAAUGAGAAUCAUGAGGUGCUGUUUGGUGUUGUACGGCUGAGGGGUGAAGAGUACCGUGUUGGAACAUCAGUGUUCUUACAACCUGGAUCAUUCAAGUUCAAGACUUCAGGCACUGCUGCUGUAACCAAAAAAGAUAAAAGCAAAGAUGAGAAGGUGGAUGAAGAUGUUUAUCCUGAGUUCUAUCGUAAGUCAUCAGACCAUGUGAGGGGUUCAAAUAUGGAGACACCUGAACCAUUCUGUGUUGGUCACAUCAAAACAAUCUUUGCAAAAACUAAUGAUAAUCUCGUUCCUUCGCGUGAUAUCUGGAUUCGUGUCAACAAAUUCUACCGUCCAGAGAACACACACAGAGGGCCCUGUUUGGGGCAGCAAAUGGAUCUCAAUAUGCUGUAUUGGAGUGAAGAAGAAUGUGUAUUGAACUUCAGUGAGGUGGUUGGAAAAUGCCAUGUUGUAUUCAGUGAGAAUGUGGAUAUUCCAAUGGCUGAAUGGUCAAGCCAUGGGCCCUACAGGUUUUAUUUCUGUCAGGCAUACAACAGCAUAAAGCAAACCUUUGAGGAGCCACCAUUCCAUGCUACAAAUAUUGGCAUGUAUGGCAAGGGGAAAGGCAAAGGCAAAGGUAAAGGCAAGAAAACUUGGAGUGAAACAGAAGAGGAGAAGAAGAAGAAGAAGAAUGGGAUGAAAAUCGAGGAUUGGCCCCAAAAUCACACAAAGCUACAGUCUCUGGAUGUGUUUGCUGGAUGUGGUGGUUUAUCGGAAGGAUUAUGCCAGUCUGGCGUGGCUGAAAGCUGCUGGGCUAUUGAGAAGGAAGAAUCAGCAGCCCAUGCUUUUCGUCUGAAUAAUCCAGAAUGUACAGUUUUCACAGAGGACUGCAAUCAGUUACUCAAGUUAGCUCUAAGUGGAGAGAAAACCAAUGAUAAGGGCCAAUGUUUACCCUGUAAAGGUGAAGUGGAACUGCUGUGUGGUGGGCCUCCCUGUCAAGGAUUCAGCGGAAUGAACAGAUUUAACUCACGCCAGUAUUCCCUCUUCAAGAAUUCCUUGAUCGUGUCAUACUUAUCAUACUGUGACUUCUAUCGUCCAAGGUUCUUCAUUUUAGAGAAUGUUCGCAACUUUGUAUCAUUCAAACGUAGUAUGGUAUUGAAACUGACACUUCGUUGUCUACUGAGGAUGGGCUAUCAGUGCACGUUUGGUGUCUUGCAGGCUGGAAACUAUGGUGUCCCUCAGACACGAAGGAGGGCCAUCAUUUUAGCUGCUGCUCCUGGUGAAAUUCUUCCCAACUACCCAGAGCCAACACAUGUUUUCAACCCAAAAGUCUGUCAGCUCUCAGUCAUGGUAGAUGACAUGAAGUUUCUGUCAAAUUGCAACUGGGUGACAUCUGCACCUUUCCGAACCAUCACAGUUCGUGAUGCAAUGUCUGACCUUCCAGAGAUACAAAAUGGACAAAAAAGAGACGAAAUACCCUAUGGUGGGGAACCAAUGUCUCAUUUUCAACGUUUGAUCCGAGGGAACCAGUAUCAGCCCAUACUACGAGAUCACAUCUGCAAAGACAUGGCCCCUAUUAUUGAGGCACGAAUAGCACACAUACCCACAGCUUGCGGUUCUGAUUGGCGUGAUCUUCCAAACAUUGUGGUUAGGUUAAGUGAUGGAACAUUCACAAAAAAAUUGCAAUACCUGCAUCAUGACAAAAAAAAUGGCAAAUCAUCAACAGGAGGACUGCGUGGGGUGUGUGGCUGUGCUAAUGGAAAAGCAUGCGACCCAAUGGACAGGCAGUACAACACUCUGAUCCCGUGGUGCCUCCCUCACACAGGCAACAGACACAACCAUUGGUCUGGGUUGUACGGACGCUUGGAGUGGGAUGGAUUUUUCAGUACAACAGUGACAAACCCUGAGCCCAUGGGGAAACAGGGUCGAGUGUUACAUCCAGAACAAACCCGAGUUGUGAGUGUGCGUGAAUGUGCUCGGUCACAAGGAUUCCCUGAUACGUACCGCUUCUUUGGUACUAUUCUUGACAAACAUCGCCAGAUUGGUAAUGCUGUUCCUCCACCAAUGGGAGCUGCUAUUGGUUUUGAGAUUAGGAAAUGCAUUUAUGCAAAAGAGAAGACAAUGAGGGCAGAGUCCAAGAUGGAAAUAAACUGAGUUAUGACAGAAUAUGUGAAAAACUAAGAUGAAAGAGGAUAUAAUCGGACUUUGUUACACUGCCAUAGUGGUAAAUAUAUUAGUUUAGCUAAGUUUAUAAAUGUAAAACAUGACCAUUUGUGGAUUGUAGACUUAUAUAAUAAUAUUAAAUGUAUUAAUUACACAAUCAGAACUAAAUAAGGGGUAGCGGUGGGGAACCUUGUUUUCAAGACAAUAGUAAACUAAGUUUAUGAAGUCAUGCCAUAUGCCUCCUCCCUUCAUGUGUUAUAUCUGCUGCCUUGAGUCAUCAUUGUUUUAUUUGGAAUUAUAGAUCUUAUGUUAUAGUUAGUAUAGUUUAAAGUAUUUCACAUUAGAUUCUAUUUACUAAUCCUUAAACAGGCUAUACAACAUUAAAUACAUAAACCAGGCAGUAGAGAAAGGAAGGAGGACUUACCAAAGAGAGGGACCAAAAUAUAUUGUAGAACACAGAAAUUCUUUAAAUAAACUAGCAUUUUAUUAUCAGUAGUUUCACAGGAGAGAUGUAAGAGAUUGAAUGUAUAGAGUAUAACUAUGUUUCUUUAACCAAUAAGCAUUGGAAACUGUUGAUCUGAAGACAUGCUCUUGUUGAUGUUCCAUUACCUAGCAUCUACUUUAUACAUAAAGUUGCAAGAAAUUCAAGUAAAGGAUUCUUGUCUUGCUGUAUUUGUUGUUCAUUAUAUUUGUUAAAUUUUACUAUUGAAUUCUAUAUUAAUAACUUUGUUGCUACAGGAAAAAUAUGCAUGCUUUGUAUGUUGCCAUUUAUGUAUGAUUUAUGGCUAUAAAACAUGAGUUUAUCCAA